GAAAUAAAAGAUCUUCGUGAAGAAUUUCCGGUAAACAGUGAAAAUGGCAGAUCAGAUUAUUUCAGACCUUGAGAGAGCCUCGCAGAUCGUUUUGGCUCCACCCAACAUUGUCACCCCUGAGCAGAGACACGAGGCAGAAAAUGUUAUCCUGGAAUUCCGCAAGUCUAAAAUGCCAUAUAAUAUCUGCAAACAUAUUCUUGAGAAGUGCAAGACAGACUAUGUGUUGUUCCAGGCUGCCAGUACCAUACAGGAGAGCCUGCUGCGUGAAUGGACACUACUUAGUGCUGAAGACAUCGAGUCACUGCGGGCCUUUCUGCUGCACUACAUAACACAACACAUCAGCCUGCAAAGCUAUGUGAGGGAGCAGAUCUUGCGGACGGUGGCACUGUUGUUAAAACGCGGGACCCUGGACGAGAAAGGAGCCAAACUGGACAGUCUCUUCCAGGACGUGACCCAGCUCAUUGGAAGUGGAAAUGUCACCAUGCAACUGGUGGCAUGUUCCAUGAUGACAGCGCUGCUGAAUGAGUUCUCUAGCUCCAGUAGAACAAGCAGUGUGGGAUUCACAUGGGAGUUCCACACCAAAUGUAAACGUGCUUUUGAGGAGAAUAACUUACAGAAGGUGUUUCUGUUUUCACUUCAAAUGUUAAAUGAGAUUGAGAAGCAGCCGCCACCGCUUUCUCGAGAAACGACGGCAGUGUUGAACAGGUUCCUCGGGAUCACGGAGCAGGUCUUGUGUUGGGAAUUCACGCCCAAGCUCAAUAUGUUGCGACGUAAUGUUGGAUCGUUUGACAACAGCCAGACAGUGACCCUGAAGCCUCCGGAGAAAUGGAGACAGACAUUGCUCGACCCCUCUCUCGUGCAGCUUGUGUUCAGGGUUCACCAAAAGGCUCGCCACAACCAGGACAUGGCAACCCACUCCACCCAGUGUCUGACCCAGCUUGCAUCUCUCAAUGGCGUGAUAUACAAGGAUGACCGUGCCAGAACACAGUACCUCACAGCCUUCAUAGAGACACUCCUGGCCUUCCUGGAUAGUGUGGACCUGCAGGACUACGAGUGUCUGGGAGUGGCUUGCAUGUUCAAGAACUUGAUUAUGAUGUUCCCGUCCAUCUGUAUCUCCUCCCUCCCCUCGUCGCUGUAUGAGAGGUUCAUCACUAAACUACAGACACUAACAUGUGCCUAUGGCCGGGAGGCUGCCUUGGAGGAGGAGAUGCACAAGGAUGACACAGUACACAUGGAGGCGUAUGAGAAGCUACUGGAGACCUGGAUGGAGCUGCUCACCACCAAGAAGGACAACGUUCCCAUGGAGCCUGUACAGACACACGCACAACACGUGUUCAACUCCUACAUCCAGUGUCAUAUCAGCCCUCCAGAUGGAUGCAGAGUUCAGGGCACAGACGACUCUCGUCCGGACAGCGAGGAUGUAGAUGAGGUGGAGGAAGAUGAUCGAGAUAAGUUCUCUGACCAGCUGUGCUGUGUGGGCGCCCUAGGGAGACUAACUGUCAAAUCCAGCCUACCCAUCAUUGCAAGGGCAUUGGAAGACCGUGUGUCCCGCUUGCAUGGCCAACUACAGCGAAUACACCAGAUGCGAGUCUCGUCUGGAAAUCUGAACUGUAGUUUUGACAACACAAUGAUCAACACACUCAACGAAGACAUUCACUGGCUUAUACUCGUCACUGCUCAUGUUCUGACAGAGGAGGCUGAAGGUGAGACGCCCAUGAUUCCAGCCGAGAUCAUGCAAUUCUCAAUCAACCAGUCGACAGAGAUUGACCUUAACACAACCCUAAAGGUGCUGGCUUCCCCCACUGACAACAUAGACACAAUCCCAGGGGCAUCUUCACACACAGACCAUGUCAUUAGGCUGAUCUCUGCAGUUUUCCGUCUGUGUGAGGUGAAUAACCAGGUGAUCUCAGCCAAGAUGGUGGAUGCAUUGUCUCCCCAGGUGACCAGCUCGGCCAUGUGGUUCCUGAAACGAUGGUCCAGAUCCUACCUCCUACCAGAUGAAAACUUUUACAAUCAGGUAAGCAAGGCUCUGUGUGCAGGGUUUGGUCGGGACACAGACGGAGGUAUGUGGACUGUUCAGUUUCUCCUGGACAAGAUCAUGACACACCUCGGGGCCUGGAACGCGGAGGAGACUACACUCAUGGACAUCCUUCUGCUGCUCGUUACACUCGUGGACAAUAGAACCAGGGCACAGUUCAUCAUGAAGGCUCCGGGGAUGUGGAACCUGGUUCGCCAGGUAGCAGACAAUUGUUCCCCAUUCUCGCUUCUCCCGGCGGCGGCCCUGAGACUUGUCUACAAGGCCCUUGUGUUGGCGGGAUGUGGAGUCAAAGAAGAAAACACAGUCGAGUAUUGGACUCUGGUUCUACAAAGGCUGGAGGAGAGAUUCUACAGGCAGGUACGGGUAGUUAACUUCCGUCAGCUUUGUCAUGCUCCCGACACUAAGGAGGAGAUAACCAAGCUACUGGAGAGUCUGUGCGGGGUCGCCAAGGGCUCACGGGUCAACAGCAUUGACAAACUGUUUGACUUUCUCCUGCCUCUGCUCAUCCACUGUGUCGAUCUGCUUGAUGUGUACCACAACUACGAAGAUAUUGUCCCUCUUAUACUGGAGAUGCUGUCUGAGAUUGUACAGAGACAGCUCUGCUUCCUCAAUAAUAAGCGUUCAACACAGUUGUAUGAAGUAUGCCUCUCUGCAAUACAGACCUACUCCAAACACAACAGUGGAAAGCGUGUAAAGGAUGCUAGCGAGGAGGAGGAGGAUCGCUAUAACGACGUUCUGCUCGUCAUGGAAAUGCUGACAAACCUUCUCUCUAAGGAUUUUGUGGACUUUGGGGAAACUGAUGAGAAAGAUGCUGGUCAGCAGGCAGUGUCUCCCAUUGACGUUGUUCUCUAUGGCCUUAACACCAUUAUACCUCUCAUGACAACAGACUUACUCAAGUUCCCCAACUUGUGUUCCCAGUACUUCAAGCUGAUCACCUUCUUGACAGAGAUUCACCCUGACAAAUUUACCUCCCUGCCUGAAGAGCUCUUCAAGAACAUCAUGGUCUCCAUGGAACUGGGCCUUACCAUGUAUGGUUCCGAGGUGAUAAAGAUGUCCCUAGACUGUAUCUACGCCCUGGGCUCUCACGUGUUCCAACACAACCUGGCGGGCUCUCUCGUACAUGACACACUCAAACACUUCCUCAAGGUAGUGUUCCGGAUGCUGCUGUUGGACACGUUCAACAUGGAGCUGCUGGACACAGCCAGCUCCGCUCUCUUCUGUCUUAUCUGCUGUAACACAGAACAGUAUCAGCAGCUGGUGCAUGAGAUACUCGAGUCACACAUUGAUAACACAUACAAGUCCCGUCUUCUUGAAGCAUUCAACAACCUUACGCCACCCUCCCUUUCGCUAACAGUGAACAGACACAAUAAACUUAUCUUCAUGGAGAACUUCAACACAUUCCUCAUUGAUGUCCGCGGAUUUCUCUGUGUCAGAUGAUAAUGGUUGUGAAUUAGCUUGGACUUUGUUGUUGAUGAGUUGGUAGAUCAUGAACAAACAAUUGUGCAAUUUGUAGUGCUACACAUGUUUUUGUUAAUGUGGUCGUGCUUCCAGGAUUUGUUAUUUAUGCAUUAUUUAGUAGGACAGCCCAUUAAUGUGUUUUCUGAAAGUGUGACAUAUUGGUAUGACUUUUGAUGGCCGCGGAGCCAGCUAAAACUUGUGUGGACAAUUACUUUAAAGUAAUUAUUAUCCAAUUAACAUGACACUUUGAUGACAGUACAUGUAUUUGCGGGGCAUUAUAUCUAGGUCAAGUUUGAUGAGAUCAGUAGCCCUGCUAGGUUUGUCCAAAUAAUACCAGUGUGACAUUAAGAUAUUGUAGGUUAUAUUUUGUGCAGAUCAUAUCCUACGUUAGCAUGUAAAUUACAAUCAAAUCAUGAUGACACUUAGUGUUUGGUUACAAUCUCCCAGGUCAAUGUGAUGUCCCUUCUGCAUAGGAAUACUGUUGACUUACUUCUUGUUAGAGUACACAGUUUUGCGUUAUAUAUAUUAUCAAAAAUACAUUAAAUGUGACAAUGACAGGCAAUGUAUACAGGUGACACAUCCAAAUCUGUGGAUUCAAUGUUAAUCACAUUUUUAUUUCAAAAAGCCUGUUUCUGUUGUAGUGUUAAGGUUAGCUAAGUUUGACAGUGAUAGUGAAGUAUUGGAAGCUUUUUUAAAACCCUGUUACUAUGAUAGUAAAUCACUGUUUAUGCAAGUUUCUACACUCUCAGCACCAUUUCACCUGCAACUGCUCAAGUUCCAUUGUUUUUAUGCAUCAGCAAAGCUUUGUUGUUGUUCUAAUGUUACCAGUGUUGCACUAUCAAUGUUUGUUUGUAAGCUGUAGAACGUCAUGCAGUAUGAUUCUUGUGACUCUCUUGUAAAAGAGUACUAGUGAACUUUAUCAAAUCGAUUAUUUUUCACAGAUAUAUGAAUCAAGUAAAGCAAUACUCUGUUUAUGAAUACUUUUGCAAAUAAAUCUA